GCGCUCACGGAAUGACGUUUGUAGUCCCGCGUUUUCGCGCCAAAACGCGUGUCACUUCUCAACUGUCAAAAAAGUGUUCGAAAUACGAAAAGUUUUAGUUUUUAUUUGUGUUGUUUUUUUCGAUAAUCUAUCGUAAGAUGGCUGGUUGAUUUUCAUAGAGUUUUUUUUUGUUUUUGUUAAAAGUGUGUGUUAUUGUGUUUGUGUUUUAAGCAAUGGUGUUCUAUGGUAUUGUGCGGCGAUAAACACCGAUAAGAAAUAGGUACACCAAGCACGCUGGCCGGACGCUUCUUAAAAAAAAACCAAAAUAAAUAAAAGUUCAAAACUAAAAUUCCAAAUAUAAAAGUGUGUAAAGUGAAGAAAAUUCCAAAAAUUAAAAAGUAACAAAAUAAAAUUUGAAGUUGGAAUAUAUUUGGAAAUUGUUGUUGUUUAGUGGAUGUCACAGUGGAUGAGAGUGUAGUGUAGUGUAUGUGUAUAAUGAGUGGUGGGUAUGGAUGACCCGCAGACUAUUCAUAAAACCUGCGUGAGGGUUAACUCCGCGGAUGAUGACGAGUCCAGGGAUGAAGUCGACCAUGAACUACCAAAGAAGAACCCUUUUGUCCGGGGUUCAGACCCUCGCGUGGCGACCUGCCGCGGGCGGCUGCAGACCAGACGCUGCCAGCUCAACCAGGAGAUCAACAAGGAACUACGGCUGCGGGCCGGCGCUGAGAACUUGUUCAAGGCCACAACGAACAGAAAACUCCGUGAGACGGUGGCCCUGGAGCUGAGCUUCGUGAACUCCAAUCUGCAACUCCUCAAGGAACAGCUGGCGGAGCUCAACUCUUCCGUGGAACUCUACCAGAGCGACAGCGGUAAAGAAUGCGUCAUGCCGAUGAUCCCGUUGGGGCUCAAGGAGACGAAGGAGGUGGACUUCAGGGAGCCGUUUAAGGACUUCAUACUGGAGCACUACAGUGAAGACGCGGCAGCUUAUGAAGAUGCUAUCUCCGACUUCAUGGAUAUGAGACAGGCGAUGCGCACCCCAGUCAGAUCAAGUGCGGGCGUCGCUCUGCUGUUCAAGUACUACAACCAGCUGUAUUUCAUCGAGCGACGGUUUUUCCCGCCAGACCGCUCGCUUGGCGUCUACUUUGAGUGGUUCGAUUCGUUAACAGGAGUCCCGUCAUGCCAGCGAACAGUGGCUUUCGAGAAAGCUUGUGUCUUGUUCAACAUAGCUGGCAUCUACACUCAACUAGGAGCUAAACAGGACCGUUCGACGUGCUCGGGUCUGGACGGUGGUGUGGAGGCGUGGCUCCGUGCGGCGGGAGCACUGCGCUACGUGUUGGACAACUUCACCAACGCGCCCUCCGUCGACCUCGCCGCCGACACACUACUUGUACUCGCCGCGCUCAUGACGGCGCAAGCCCGCGAGUGCCUGUUCGAGAAGCUGCAGCUGCAGGCGAGCGAGGCGUGCCCCGAGGCGCGGCGCGCGCCCGACCUGUGCCUCGACCUCGCGCACGAGGCCGCGCACCUCGCGCACACCUACCGCCAGCUCUACGACAAGAUGCAAUCAGAGGGUGUGUUCAACUACGUGCCAUACUCGUGGGUCUCUUUAGUCCACGUUAAGACUGAGUUUUAUAAAGCGUUGGCGCACCAGUACUGUGCGACAGGUCUCCUGAACAUGCCAGCAUCGUCUCGCUCCCCCAGCCGCCUCGCAUCGCUCUACGAUGCUGAUACACAUCUCGAUAAUGGCUCUUCUACAUCUCCGACGCUGAAGGACGCUGAUGUGGAUUGGAUUGCAUUAGGCCGCGCACAUCUUGCAGAAGCACUCACUUUGUAUGAAGAAGCCCUCAGGCUGCAAAGGAUGUGUCGUGAGUUACGUGGCAAGGAGGCAAUCUCCUUAGUAGUACGAGCGCAGUUAGAGCGCGCCGCGCGGGAGCGUGCAGGGGGCGCGCACAACGACAAUGAUGCCAAUGACUUCACAGACCUCAUCGACGUGCCCAACGUACAGCCAUCAUCAAAAUUCCAACUGGCCCUAACGCAACCAGACUUCGCUCAGCACCGAGUAGAUGAUCUAUUCAAAUCUUUGGGUCCAAUCGCCAUAUUCUCCGCCAAACGUCACUGGAGUGCCCCACGCCUCGUCCAACUACAAAAAUAUAGAGAUGGCUCCCGACGCAUAGAAAGACCACGAAAUGGAAACACUGAAGAAUAUGAAGAAACAAGAAACGGCAAACACAGGAGCGAGAAACGAGACAGAUCGGAAGAUAACAGCACUUAUUAUAACCAAAUAAUUAGAAGCGAUGAGAAAUAUUCUAAUGAGUACGAAAAGAAGAAACUACACAGGGUCACAAAACAGAAUGGAGUGUAUAUAAAUAGUUACAACAAUAAUAAUUAUGAAUAUCAUCCAAAAGUUUUGGACUAUGAUACACAGAAUGAAUAUAAGACUAAGGAAGGAAAGCUUGAGAAUGGAGUGAAAGAAUGUAAUGGUAAAGUGAAGAAUGGAAGGCGAAAGGAUCCGUUGAGAAGGGCAGCGAGUGAAUACAACGUGUCGAACGCGAAAAACGAAGAUGAAGGCUUUGGAUUCUCUGUGAGAGGAGACGCGCCUGUUGUUAUAGCUGGAGUCGAGCCCAAUUCUUUGGCUGAUAUCGGUGGUAUGCGUGAAGGAGACUUUAUAAUAUCAAUUGGCGAUAUUGAUGUGAAAUGGAGCUCUCAUGAUGAAGUGGUCAGACUUAUACAGGAGGCAGGAGAUACGCUCACUAUGAAGCUGGCUACACCGAUGGAUAAGAGCUGUCUUAAGGCAUCACCAGAAACCCCUCGACAGUCGAACUCAAACCAAGGGUCGGUGUCUGCAGCAUCAACAGCGUCGAGUGGUUCCACAGCAGUGACUGCAAGAUCUUCAGCACGUCGCGCGCCAUCUUGGAACCCAUUCCGACGUCACACCACCAGGGACAACAGCUCACAUCGCGGUUCACACACCAGCAAUAUUAUUUUCAGAUAAAAACAUAGGCCUCAUAAAAAGAACUAAUUUUGUAAACACCGCCAUCUAUGAAUGUUUUCCUGUAUUAUUGUUGCGGUCUUAUACUUACGCCAUCUUUUGGAUGUUUUGCAAAAAUAUUGCUAAAUAAUAAAUUAAUUUUAUUUAGAAAUAUGUACUUAAAACAAAGAAAUAACUUCUGGUUUAAGCUGGUCCAAAAAUCAAGUAAAAGUAAUAUGUUGACCAUCAAGUCACAAAAUAUCAAAGGUUUAUCUUUAAUAAUCAGUAACGCCAUCUGUAUUUAUUAAGACGAAAACGAUUUUGUUAAUAAGUAAAUAAGUUUUAAUACCAACGCCAUCUCUUAUCAAUCGUCUGUACUACUUUAUAGAUCUUAGCGUGUCUGAGGAGAUUUAUUUAAGUUUGGGCGCGGCAACAUUUGCUACUAUUAUAUUUAGGUUCCUAAAUAAAUAGUUAGGUAUGGGAACUUUAUAUCGGCUAUGAAACUCCAAAGUAUUUUUGUAUAAGUCUCAACUUGGUAAAUUAAAAUAUCUGUUUUAUUUAUAAAUUUAAAUCAAGUUUAUUAAGGUUUUAAUAACAAUCUAUGAAUCUAGUACCUAUAUGAUAUGUAUAUUUAUAGUUCUUCAGCGAUUUUUAUACGUUUUGCCUAUCUUAUUUAUUACUUAUUUCUUUCUUGUUUAAUUAUUUUCCUUCACAAGAAAUUGUGUUAUAUUUUUUACAUUCUGUAAGUAUGUAGUUUUUCUACGUCCUUUAUAUUGAUUGACGCCUGUAUACAUUUCCGUACUCGAAUGUCUUUGUAAUAUUGUUAAAAAUAUA